AUGAGUACCGAGAUACAGGAAGACGAUGAGGAAGAGGAGAUGAUAUUAACAUCCAAACUUCAACUUGUCUCGGCGGCGAAAUCUAGAAAACUACAGUACAUAUCAUCACCAGUGAUAAGUCAUCACGUGUCACUAUCACUCUUGUCUUCCCCUGAUGAUUUAUCACACUCUCGUGCUUCGGUUCCUUUCUCUUGGGAAGAAGAACCUGGCAAGCCUAAACACCAUACUCUUCUUCUUCGAGGAGCUCCUCAUGAUUGCCCCAAGCGUCUUCAUUUGCCUCCGAGACUGCUCCUUCCUGAUGAAGUUACGAAAAUGCAUCUGGCUUCGGAUCAUCCUCAUCAUCUAGCCGCCGCGUUGAAACGGUGGUUCCGGUGGAAGAAAGAUAGAGCUGAUGAUGAUGACGUGACCGGAAAGUGUAGUUUUGCACUUUCAGCUGACAAUGGAGAUGAUAAGAAGAUCAAAAGGACAGCAAGUAGCCUCCAUUGUCUCUCUGACGUCGCUAGGUGUUACUUAUGGGAAAUUCCAUGGAAGAAGAAUAAGCUGAAAAGAGAUGAUGUUUUCAUAAAUUGUCACUAG